GUCCGGCUGUCCGCAGCCGUUGAUCCCAACUCGCACAAGACAAAAAUAAAGAGGAAAACCGUUGCUUCCCGCCAGUUCCUCUGAACCUUCCUACCUCAACUCUGCCCCCAACGACUCUUUCAAACCGAAUUCAAAUUUACGCCUCCCCUACAAUCCCUCACCAUCGAUAUUCUUUCUAUAUUCAUCAACCAUCCAACCUCUUCUCUUUCUUUCCCCUCCUUGAGCUUCCCUUCUCUCUCUCUCUCUCUCUCUCUCUCUCUCUCUCUCUUCCCUCUCUCUCUACAUGCAUCUCCUUCUCCUUUCCCACCCCUUCUUAAAACCCCAGAACCCCAUCUCCGUCUCUCCUCUCCUCUCCUCCUCCUGGGCCAGCGUCCCCUCCCACAUCCUUCCACUCUACCAUGGGCAACUGUUUCUCCCAUGGCGAUAACAAUAAGGACGCUAAGGCUCCCGAUAACAAGGAUGCAGGAGAUCAGUCUGCUAAUGGAGAAAACCCAGAUUCGGAUACUGUCUCCCCACCCAAGCCUUCAACUGCUCCCACCACCCCAAGUCCACCCACCAAGUCUUCCAAGUCUUCCCAAAUGGGAACCGUCUUGAACCGACCCAUGGAAGAUGUUCGAUCAGUGUACACAAUCGGGAAGGAGCUCGGACGAGGCCAAUUUGGGGUCACCCAUCUGUGCACCCACAAGGUUACUGGUGAGCAAUUCGCGUGUAAGAUGAUAGCCAAGCGGAAACUGGCUAACAAAGAGGAUAUUGAGGAUGUUAGGAGAGAGGUUCAGAUCAUGCACCAUCUGGCUGGCCAACCCAACAUUGUUGAAUUGAAGGGUGCAUACGAGGAUAAACAAUCUGUGCAUUUGGUGAUGGAAUUAUGUGCUGGGGGAGAGCUCUUUGAUCGGAUUAUUGCAAAGGGGUAUUACUCGGAGCGUGAAGCUGCAUCCCUGCUGAGGACAAUUGUUCAGAUUGUUCACACUUGCCACUCUAUGGGAGUUGUCCACAGGGAUUUAAAGCCAGAGAAUUUCCUCCUUUUGAGCAAGGAUGAGAAUGCCCCUCUAAAGGCUACAGAUUUUGGUCUUUCCGUCUUUUUCAAGCAAGGUGAAGUGUUCAGGGAUAUUGUUGGCAGUGCAUAUUAUAUUGCACCCGAAGUCCUGAAGAGAAAAUAUGGACCAGAAGUGGAUAUAUGGAGUGUAGGAGUGAUGUUGUAUAUUCUUCUUUGUGGAGUUCCUCCUUUUUGGGCUGAAUCGGAGCAUGGAAUUUUCAAUUCAAUCUUACGUGGACACAUUGAUUUCACAAGCGACCCAUGGCCAUCAAUUUCAGCUGGAGCAAAGGAUCUUGUCAGAAAGAUGCUAAAUGCAGACCCCAAGCAGAGGUUGACAGCAGUCGAAGUUCUCAUGUUAAAUUCAGAUCAUCCAUGGAUCAAGGAAGAUGGAGAAGCGCCUGAUGUGCCUCUUGAUAAUGCUGUCUUCAAUAGGCUCAAACAAUUCAGAGCAAUGAACAAGUUCAAGAAAGUUGCUCUUCGGGUAAUUGCAGGAUGUCUCUCGGAGGAAGAAAUCAUGGGACUAAAGGAAAUGUUCAAAAACAUGGAUACUGACAACAGUGGCACCAUAACACUUGAAGAGCUGAAGCAAGGACUCUCCAAGCAAGGGACAAAGUUAUCGGAGUAUGAAGUUAAACAGCUAAUGGAAGCUGCUGACGCAGAUGGCAAUGGGACCAUAGACUAUGAUGAAUUCAUCACAGCAACAAUGCACAUGAACAGAAUGGACAGAGAAGAACACCUUUACACUGCAUUCCAAUACUUUGACAAAGAUAACAGUGGGUACAUUACAACAGUAGAGCUAGAUCAGGCUCUAAGAGAGUUUGGAAUGCAUGAUGGAAGGGAUAUAAAGGAAAUACUUUCUGAAGUCGACAUUGACAAUGAUGGACGGAUCAACUAUGAUGAGUUUGUAGCAAUGAUCAGAAAAGGGAACCCUGAAACAAACCCAAAGAAGCGGCAUGAUGUAUUUGUUUGAUUGGGUAUCAACCAAUACCAAGAAGGGAUGAUCACAUUACAAACUUUUCCUGCUUGAAAUUUUGCUGCAAUGCCAUUAUGGUGCAGAAGUUGACUAUGUAUAUUCAGAAGCAUCCAUCAGACUUUUGCAGAUAAACUCAUGUACACUAUCUGUUGAAGAGAAAAGAAUGGGAAGGUGAAGAUGGGAGCAGGGACUGUUGGUUUGAGUUUGUGGGGAUUUAUGGGCUGUUCCCUAUUUUUGGGAACAUUUUAAGUGGAUCCGAAGAAUAUAUUGUUGUAACUGUAAUUUUUAGGAUGUUUUUUUCCAUAAUUGAGAAUAGAUUAACCCUAUUUACUCUUUUAUAGGAGGCCCCAUUUAGUAGUA